ACUGCCAUGCUCUUAAAUCUUAAUUCCGCAGCAAUGGAGGCGAGUGGUCGUCGUCCUCGUCUUCUUCUGCAAAUCUGCCUAAUUUUCUCAACGUUAAUAUUAACCUUCUUCUCUCCGGUCGUCAGAUCGUCAUCGACGCUGGACCUUCAGAUUCUCAGUGCCGAGCGUAGAGUUGACUUGAGUUCGCAUAUAAUUAGGGUUUCCUUGACGCUUAAGGUUGAAAAUGUUGGCACAUCUCCAGCUUCUGAAAUUCUUCUUGCCUUCUCACCUGCACAAGUUGAUCAUUUAGCAUGGAUUAAAGCAGGAGCCCUUGUCGGGAAGAAGAGGAAGAAAUCUUCACUGCCGCUUGAUGUAAAACCAAGCAACAUACUGGAUGGUCCAAAUGGAACUAAAUACUACUCUGUAUUUUUUACCAGCCAACUAGGGAGUGGUGAAUCUGUAUCCCUAGAAGUACUUUAUGUGUUGACUCAUUCUCUUGAGCCUUUUCCUGUAGAGAUAAGCCAAUCCGAGUCUCAGUUGGUUUAUUUCCGUGACAGUGCAGUGAUACUGUCACCUUACCAUAUUAAAAGUCAGGAAACAUCUUUUAGGACACCAACUAACAAAGUUGAAUCAUUCACCAGAGUGGAACCAACUGACCGCUCUGGAACAGAACUAAAAUAUGGACCGUAUGAGGAGCGCCCUUCUUACUCGUACAGUCCUGUAAUUAUUCAUUUUGAGAAUAAUAAUCCAUUUGCUGUUGUUGAGGAGCUUGUUCGUGAAAUUGAAAUAUCCCACUGGGGAAAUCUUCAGAUAACUGACCAUUAUAAAUUGGCACAUGCUGGUGCUCGACAAAAAGGUGGCUUUUCAAGGGUUGAAUAUCAAUCUAAGCAACCUUUUGGUGGUUCAGCUUCAUUUAAGCAUCUUUUGGCAGAGCUGCCCCCAAGGGUUCACUCUGUCUACUAUAGGGAUGAUAUAGGGAAUAUUUCGUCAUCACGAUUACGGAUAGGUGCUAAGAAGUCAGAGCUGUUAAUAGAGCCUCGCUAUCCUCUAUUUGGAGGCUGGAAAGCAACUUUUGUCAUUGGAUAUGGGGUGCCGGUACAUGAUUAUCUUUUUGAGUCAGCUGAUGGUUCACGUUACCUGAGUUACAGUUUUGGAUGCCCCCUUGCUGAGACUGUAGUGGACAAGUUAACUAUAAAAGUAGUGCUGCCUGAGGGAUCAGAAGACCCUUCUGCAGUGAUUCCUUUUCAAGUGGAACAAAGGCUGGAGAAGAAGCACUCCUACCUUGAUGUUGUGGGAAGGACUGUGUUGGUUCUGGAGAAGAAAAAUGUAGUUCCUGAUCAUAACUCUCCUUUCCAGGUCCAUUACAAGUUCAAUCCAGUAUUCAUGCUUGCAGAGCCAUUGAUGCUAGUUUUGGGCUUUUUCCUCCUCUUUGUUGCCAGCAUUGCUUACCUGCACAUGGACAUCGCAAUACGCAAAUCUUGAUGCUUUAGCUCAACCUUCAGUCAGUGAUUUUGAAGGCAGCUACCUGUCACAUUUAGAAGACAUUUUUGCAGUUAAAGGUCAACACAUGAACCCCUCUCAUUCUGUCAGAAGAAAAAAAACGCACAAAGAUUGUCAUGCAAUUCUCUGCCACUGGCAAAAUGAGUGAGGGUUUUCACAUGUUUUAGCUUCCGCAUGAUUAUGUAGAUCACAUUACGGCCGAGGUGCAGAUUAAUCUUUAGUAGAGUUUUUUGCUUGAAGUGGAAUGUAUCAACUGAUUUUAUGUUAUAUACGGAAAAGGAUAUUACGAUGAUCAACUACCCUUAAUUGGUUAUUUGGGUUUGAA